AUGCAGAAGGUGACGUGGAACAGCCAGUUGCUGUUGCUGUUCCACCUGGGUGCGAGCGAACAACUAGGAGUCUGCACGCUGCCCCAGCACUGGGAAAAUUCACCGACGCCCGCCAGAUCGGGAGAGAAGCAUACUUAUCCAGCUUCCGGCGUAAUUCCCAAGCACCACGUGUUCUCUUCGAGGGAGUCUGGAAAGCGGAGACGCCAGGUGCUUGAAACGGUGGUAGACUUUGAGGAUAUGUUGGAUAUACAAGUCAUGAUGAAGCCCAUCGUUAUGAGCCCACUCUGUGGCGGACACUUGGUGUGGGAUGAGCGUGUAGGGAAGCUGACUAUGUGGUGUCAGUAUAAAGAUCGGACGACAUGGAGGUGGUUGUUGAGGGCGCCGAGAGUGACCGCUUCUACAUUCCGAGUGGAGGUUGACAUGGCUGAGUUGGCUGGUCAAAUUAAACUGCUUAUUGCUCGACCCGGACCAGCGCCAAAAAUUGAGCAGAGAACAGUUGCUACAGAGCUUGGAGAGAAACGUCUCUUUAUCGCGACAAAAAAGCAGCAGAAUAGAGGCCCGGCGGGAUAUCAGCUGCCGUGGAGAUUACGCUGGAAAGCAGCUCAGGAACAGAGGGGAUUGGUAGGGCGGGGAAUCUCGUGUGGGAAAACGAAGGCUGCCAGAGUGACUUGCCGUAUCGCUGACCUCAACUUGCGUUCAGGGAUUCAAGACACAUUUCAAUCAUCAACUCGGAUCGAAACGGUCAAACAUGCCCCGUCCUCUCGUUGGCAACUCUUAAAUUUAUCUUCUAAUCUCGAGGGCGCCUUGGAAGUGGGCGCGCUAGGUGCCUGA